CAGCUUCAUAACAACCGGUUUUGUAACUCGGAGGUAACCACUAGAAAGAUGGAGAUGGUGAUGUGUGUGUUAUGGGUCACACUCCUGCUGCUUCUCCUCCUGCUGUGCGUCCUGACAAGCGCACCGCGGACCACGCCCACAGGCGCUCUCUCUCCGCUGCGGGCGCGCCUCCUCGCGCCUGCGGACAAUCUGCAAUCAACACACCUGCCCGUAAUGAGCGAUCAGCCUUCAUAAGCCAGCGCAACCUGAGAUCCGACGCCAGAACGUAGCUUCUCGUACCUAGUACACUUUCCGUCAUCCUUCCUUGUCGCCGAGUUGUGUGUCUUGUCAUCUUGGACCUCAUGUGGAUUCCCCCUUGCCUUCCUGCACUUCGACCUCACGCCUGCCCACCGACCACGACGCCACGCACCUGUCCUCGACCAUACGCCUGCCCUCCGACGCUCGAGCCUGCCUUGCCCUAAUUGGACUUCCGCCUGGAUCUCAACACGCACCCUCAACACCCUCUGGCAACCACGCUCAGAUAAGUCUCACACUUAGUCACACUACAUCUCUUUGGUUUAAUUACACACCGCACUUACACAAUAAGCUGUCAUUAAACACGCUGACAGCUAAUGACGUCAUCGCCUCUCUGCCGUCUUCUUCUCCCGCUGUCCCGUCACAUUACGUUCUGGCCAUGAUAGAAACAGACGGAAAAGACAUGACGCGUACACCGCUCACCUUCCGAGCCUCCCCCGUCCCCAGUGUCGCAGUCAUGCACACGGCACUCCAGCAGCACCAAGAGCGCUUUUGCGUACUGGAGAACAAGCUGGAUGCUGCUUUUACUAACUUGUUAGCUCGACUGAACUUGAUUUCCCCAGGCUCUUGCGCUCCGCCGACACUUGAGCGAGCCGCCUCCGCCGCUGCAGCCCCCAUGCUGCCCCCUUCAUCCUGCAAGCCGAAGAUCGCUAGUCCCAGAGCCUUUGAAGGGGAUUUUGAGCUUUGCCGCAGCUUCCUGGUCCAGUGCAACAUGGUUUUUCGUCACCAGCCCUUCCGUUUCACUUCUGACGGGGCCAAGAUAGCCUUCAUUUUCUCACUGUUGACCGGAAGGGCUCUCCAAUGGGCCACGGCAGCGGUUGACCACAACCAUGGCCUCAGCACAAAUUUUGCCACUUUUCUCUCUGAGUUCCAGGCAGUUUUUGAUCACCCCGCCAAUGGAGGAGACGUCGCCUCACGUCUUCACUCCCUCCAGCAAGGCUCUCAUUCUGUUGCAGGCUACACCCUCGAGUUCCGCACCCUGGCCGCCGACAGCGGGUGGGAUAAUAAGGCCUUGUUGAGCCCUAACGUAUCAAGGACGGAUUGUUGCCACACCGACCGGCCACCUACCAUGACCUCAUCCAGUAGGACCUGGUCAUGGACCAGAUGCUCAAGGAACGGGCAGCGGAACAAAGACUCGCAGCCCGUGAGAGGACCCGACAGCCGGCGUGGGAGAAUCGGACAGCUUUCUACUCCCCUACUGCCGCCAGAGAUCGGGCUGAAGGCGCCCACUUGGUGGACCAGUCUGGGUUUUCCCCCGCACCUACCAGAGGGUUGGAACCCAUGCAGUUGGGCAGGACACGACUUGCCGCGGAGGAACGGGAGAGGAGGUUACGGCAGCGCCUCUGCCUCUACUGUGGUUGUGCGGGUCACAUGAUCCAGACCUGCCCCACACGACCAAAAGAUCAGGCUCACUAGUAAGGGGAGUACUACUGAGCCACACCACAUUUCCCCACGGUCGCAGUGACCCUGGCAGUCUCUUCCCCGCAACUUUAUCUUGGGAGUCAAAGAGUCUGAAGGUGGGAGCAUAUUUGGACUCAGGAGCAGAUGAGAGCUUCAUGGACCGUGAUUUCGCCUGUCAAGCCGGGAUUGAACUUCUGCCCCUGGAAAAGUCCUUACCAGCUCAAGCCUUGGAUGGGCAUCUCCUGGGACCCAUCACCCACCGUACAGCACUGGUCACACUAACCCUGUCUGGCAACCACACGGAGUAAAUCAGCUUGUUGAUCCUCAACGCCCCUGUCGCUCCUCUUGUCCUCAGCCGCUCAUGGCUUCGCCAGCACGACCCCAAGAUUUCCUGGAUCUCCGGGAGGAUCCUACCCUGGAGCACGGCAUGCCAUGCUAACUGCCUCAAGGCAGCAGCUCCCGUCUCGGAGAACCCCAAGCUCAAGUCAUCCCCAUCUGACCUGUCUGGGGUUCCCGCUGUCUACCAUGACCUUGCAGCCGUAAUUUUAGUGUUGGCCAUGGCUUGCCAUCAAAGUAGGCCUAUGUGAUGUAUAAUAUAUUAUGAUAUAUAAUUAUUUCGAUGGUGGUCUGUGCGGUCAAACUAGACAUUUUAUCAGGGUAAUGCCAACAAUCUGUUCCGACUCCCGACUAAAAUAUUGCUGCGUAACUCUACAAAUACAGUUGGCUAAUCGAAAUCAGUAAAAUGUGGCAUAAUUACUUAGUAAACCAUCUUGCAAGAAGCAUAAACAAGCGAAACCUACAGCGUAGGACUCGUCGAUUGCUAUUUGAAGUAGGAUUCGGAUUCGGCUGCGUAUCUGGCAACCUCAGUCAUGAAGAGUGGGAGGGAACCAAAGAAUUUUGACCGUGUUUGCAGUACCAUUUCUGGCCACAUUACACAUGGCACCUUUAAAGUUGAAGUAGUUUAAACUAUGUGUUGUUCAGUCUGUUAUAGCCUGUUUUAAUUAAUGCAAACUAAGUGGUAUUUUGGUACACAUGAUUGUUGUUACCAUUACGUCACAAUCAAAGUUCUGCUGUGUAGCAAAAAAAGUGUCGUAAUGUGUGUAUUUGUGUACAUGUGUUAAUGAGUGUGUUUGUGUGCACGUGUGCAUCCAUAUAACAGCGUAUUUGCAAUUACUCUCAAAAAAAUGGUUUUACUGUAGUUUGUACUGUAUUUUUUACAUGUUUUGGUAAAUACCCCUCUUCAAUUUGGUAUGAAAUUAAUAUGCAAACUUAAAGCAUUGUGAACGCAGAUUACGUGUAAAUACAGCUGUGUAAACGUGAUCACGGAUCACUCUAAGACAGCACACAUAGUUGUAACAAAUAGUGAUAAAAAUCAACUGAAGUUAUUGUAGUGAU